UCACCAUCAUCAUAUGAUUAGCAUCUUUCUCUUCCUUUUGAUUCUCAUGGCCAAGAAUAAAUGAUUGGAAUUGGGCUCAGUAUGCAGGGUGGACGGGAAUUAUUCCAUGGCCAAAGAAGUUUACCACAAUAUGAUGAAGAUCAAUUGACAAGCUCAAUUUCAUCUUAUCAGCAACAAUCACUCUCAAACUUGCAACAACACAUUCCCACACAAGAUUUUCAACUUCUUCCUCCGCUAUCCAAUCAUUCUUACGAACAACAAUUUCAAGAUGUACAACGACAACAAACGGCUGUUUCGGAUGAUUUUCAAUCUUACAGACAAGCAUAUCAAGCUCAUGAAACAAUUUCUUCCGCUUCUUCCUCUUCGGCUUCUUCUUCGAUGGAUUUUCGUCAAGUUUCGCAAUUUCCACGAUCAAGAGUGAUUUCAACAACUUCAAGUGAUGGACCUAUGUGGAGACAAGGAUGGAAAGAUACAGAUUGGCCAAAUUCACCAACGACUAGUACAAUCAAUUCAAUCCCAUCCAAUCAAUUCUCCAAUAAUCCCCAAUCACGAUCCAAUACGAUGCCAAUGCAAAGCGCAUCUUUAUCUUUCUUGUAUCCAGGUCAUCCAAUCGCUGCUGAAACAUCGAUCAAUCAAAUGAGACACGAUCAUCGAAGAACGGUUUCCGACCUUUCACGCGGAACACAUACGACUGCCGUUCCAGGUGCAUCUGCUGGAAGGCCAAAUUUGACCAGAUCACGUUCACAUAGAAGUGAAUUAGAUAGAGAAGAAGCAAAUCGACAAAAGAGUAAACGACAUUAUGAUCGUAAAAAAGAUCAAAGGUCUGCUUUGGCAAACCUUUCAACGCAACUCGUUCAUGUUUCCGAAAGAAUGAAAGAGAUUGAUCCUUCAGCAAGUCAAUCUCGCGUAUUUCAAGAAAUUUUACAAGCUUUAGGACUUCGAUUACCUUUACCUGAAGGAUUAUCAGAAAAUAAAUCCGGCGGCGGCGGCGGAAAAGAAGAGAAAGGAAUCAAAAGAGCAAACGAACGUAAACGGCUGAACAAAUUAAUGCAAAGACAUUUAGAAAUGCAAAGGAUGCAACAAUUAUCCAAUGUCGCACGAGUGAUAAUGAAAGAUCGAGAAUCAGGAGAUGAACCGGACAAAAGGGCAAUCGAAGCCAUUAUUGGAGCAUGGCAAAUGUGUAGAUCGGAUUGGAGUCAUUUAGUGUUGGCAGAAGAGAGGUUAUCGAUUGAAGUUGGAAGAUGGGUAGGAAGAGUAGUGAGAGCGUUACAAUGAUAGACUGCAUGUAUUCGCACAGAAAAACGCGUUUUAAGCGUAUACGCGUUAUCUUUUUCAACUUUGGCCUCAAACUAACACCAUC